ACAAUUUCGCCUUGUACAAUGACAAAAGAGACAGCAAGUUGGAUGCCAAAAUGGGUGGACUUCUUUGUUGUUGCCAUAUAGAGGACUCUCCUGGCUUGAGGGAUGUCUAUGAAUCACAAGGAGGAAACGACUUGCCCUCGACGGGUGACUUUCGGUCGGAUGUCAAAGACGCUACCAUUGAAAUAAUCCAGUAUUUGUAUCUCCACGAUUCCCCGUUCACCGUCAAUAUCUACCCUUUCCUCAGUCUCCAUGGAAACAAUCAUUUCCCUAUUGAGUUUGCUUUCUUUGAUGGUGAAAGCAUACGGGUUAAGGACGGUGACCGGAUUUACACGAACGUGUUCGACGCGAACCUGGAUACUCUGGUUUCAGCCCUGGACAAAAAUGGAUUCUCCAAUAUGACGAUUAUCAUCGGAGAAGUUGGUUGGCAAACAGAUGGAGACAAAAACACGAACACCCAGAAUGCAAGGAGAUUCAACCAGGGUUUGCUCGAACAUGCUAUGAGCGGGAACGGAACCCCAGCUCGGGGUGGCCCAAUUAAUGUCUACCUCUUUAGCCUAAUCGACAAGAACGCCAAGGACAUUAAUGCCGGAACCUUCGAGAGGUAUUGGGGAAUCUUCGAGUUCGACAGAAAACCCAAAUACGAACUGGAUUUAACGGGAAAGAACGGAAACAAAGGUCUAGCUGCAGUGGAGGGGGUGAGGUAUCUGAGCAAGAGAUGGUGCGUUUUCAACCCAGACGCGACUGACCUCGAGGAUUUACCAGAUAGCAUCAGUUAUGCCUGCGCUCACUCCGAUUGCACUGUGUUGGGCUACGGCUCCUCCUGCAAUCACCUGAACCCGGAGGGAAAUGCCUCGUAUGCCUUCAACAUGUACUAUCAAGUGAAUAACCAGAACGAUGGGAACUGUGAUUUCUCGAGGUUGGCGAUUGUGACGGAUGAGGACCCGUCGAACAAGGUUUGCCAAUUUCCGCUGUGCCUCCACCUUAGCAUCCACCUCAGCAAAAAGAAGGCCACGUCAAACACAGAGGAAGUGCUGAUGAGCGGACCGUUAAGUGUUAACGGAGGGGUUAAGAGAGGGGGUGAUUUGCCACUGCAGGUGAGUUGAGGGGUUGAUUUGCCACCAGUUGGGGUUGAGGGGGUGAUUUGCCACCAGUUGGUGAGUUUAGGGGGUGAUCUGCACCUUUUGCCUUUAAAUUAAUUGAAAUUCAAUAU